AUGGCACGGCGGGAGGCAUGGAUGGGAAGUGGUGUUCUGGUACGAUGGAGAAAGGAGGGCGGCUUUGGCUUUAUCAAACCCUCCGACGGCAGCGAAGAUCUAUUCUGCCAUGUCAGCCAGCUAAGGCAGGUCGAGGGCACCAUCAAAGAGGGCGACCGUGUCCGCUACACGGUGACCCAAGAUGGUUUGUCAGGGAAACGCAUGGCUGGCAACGUGGUCCUGGAUUUGACCCACGGCCGAAGCCGCAGCCGGAGACGGCGGCGAAGGUCUAGCAGCAGUCGCAGCAGCAGUAGCCGCAGCCGCAGCCGGGACCGAAAGCGGCGGAGCCGAAGCGGAAGCAAGAACAAGUCCAAAGGAAGCAGAUCCCGAGACACAUCCAAAGUGAAGGACGCGAAGGAUGCCGAACGCGAUCCGGAACGAGAUGGGGACACAAAGGAGAAAAAGGAAGGGAAAGAAAAGCUGAAGGAUGACAAGGAGAGACACAAAUCCAAAGACAAGGAGAAGGACAAGGAGAAGGACAAGGUGAAGCAGAAGGCGAAGGACAAGGAGAAGGGCAAGGAGAAGGACAAGGAGAAGGACAAGGAGAAGGACAAGGAUAGGGACAAGGACAAGAACAAAGAUCGGGACAAAGACAAGGACAGAGACAGAGCCAAGGAGAAAAAGGACAAGAAGAACAAGCAGAAGGACAGUGACGAGCAAGCUCAGGAGGAUUCACAUCAUGAGCACGGCAAAACAGAGAAAAAGGAGAAGCACAAGGAGAAGAAAAAGAAGGACAAGGAGAAGGCGGCCAGCGAAGCGUGA